AUGGUGAUCAACGAUGCCACAUAUCUGUUGGAUGAGUCGCUUUUGGCGCUGAAAAAGAUUCACGAUAUUGAGGCUCUCAAAGAAACCCAGGAAUGGUCCAGUUUGUCGGACGAGGAACGUCAAAUGAAAGAGGAUGCGUUGCUGGAAGCGCAACGUGGCGUAAGAAGUUGGCUAGUACUUGGACGCGAUACACUUGAUCUCUUCAUCUACUUGACGGCUGAUGCACCGGAACCAUUCUACGAACCGCUGUUGGGUGAAAGGUUAGCCUCAAUGCUGGAUUACAAUGUCUCCCAACUGUGCGGGCCAAAAUGUACCGAACUGAAAGUGCGUGAUGCUGUACGUCGAUUUACAUGGGAGCCUCGGACUUUGCUCCAGCAGAUUGUUACUGUUUAUUUGAAUUUAUCAUCUGAAAAAUUUGCCGAAUGCAUUGCCAAUGAUGAGCGCUCAUACACACCGGAAGUUUUUUCGAUGGUAUUAUCACGGUUGCGUGCUAAUUCAAUUGCGCCAGUGAAUGAGAUUGAACGCCUAAAAAAUCUUGCUGAUAUGACCGAACGAAUAUGGAAGCAGAAAGCUCAAAAGGAAGAAGAUUUUGGCGACGAUUUCCCUGACGAUUUUCGAGAUCCUGUAAUGAAUACACUGAUGACCGAUCCAGUUAUACUGCCAUCUGGACAUAAAAUGGAUCGCAAGCAUAUCAUGCGCCAUUUACUCAGCUCCCAAACGGAUCCUUUCACCAGACAACCGCUCAAUGAAAACCAGCUUAUUGCGGAUGAAACAUUGCGGUCAAAAAUUGCUGCGUGGAUGAAAGAAAAACUUGCAUCGAAAUCAAAAUGA